AUGGUGUGCCGGGGACGUGGGAGCCUGGUGGCGAGCCUGCCGCGCGACCAGUGCCGCAUGGCCGUGGCCCAGGUGCCCUGGCGCGCCCACGCCGAUGGUGUCAUGCGCUCGCGCCUGGUCUUCAUCCUGUGGGCGCCCGAUGCCACGUCGACCAAGGAGCGCAUGGUGGGCGAGCAUGGCCUCAUCGACCAGUGGCGCGGCGGCGGCGGCAUGAGCCUGCCCAUCCAGGCCGCCGGCGUCGGCGACGUCGCGCUGGAGGACGUCGAAGACAAGAUCCACGCCAAGGCCACCGUCAAGUAG